AUGGCGAACAGCGACAAUGCAGAACUAAAUAUAAGUAAAUACUUUGCUAAUGAUCCUCCCAGCUGCUUCGAUAGCUUGACUGCCGAUGAAGAUGGUCGUUCCCAAGGGGCCGUAGCCGAAGCAUAUCUAUCUUACGAUUACUUAACAACCAGUACGAUGGACAAACAAGCCCAAAUCAACAUUCCCGAUAGUGUACGCGACAUGUGGGAACCACCCAAAGUGGUUCCAGGUAUUCCACCAGCUAAUCUCACUAUGCCGGGUGUGAGUGUUGCCACCGAUUUGACUGACCCGGUUCAGGAUGCCGUAGGGUUGCUAGUGGAUGCUAACGAGGCUCAACAGCGUAAGCUGCUAUUGCCCGAUAACGUUACCCAAGAUGAACGGGGACUGCGAGAGUUGAUCGAGAAUGCAUGCUUCCGAUCGGCUGUUAAUCUGACUGCGCGCUUGCUAACGAUAAAACAGCAAGGUUUCGGUCAUGCCGGACAUCCAGUGAAGCAUAGCCCGAAUUCGUUGCAGUUAUGGUUUACCCGGAUAGCACUACUGGUAAAGCUGGGCCAGUAUGAAAUUGCUCGUGUGGAAGCGGAACCAUUUGGUGCGUUAAACAAUCCGGAUGUAUUUUACGAGUUUUAUCAUCCGGACAUGCACGCCGAUCGGAAGGGAUCAAUGGCACCGUUCUCUUUCCGUUUGCUGCUUGCCGAACUACCCGUUUAUCUAGGUGCGCCACGGGUAGCACUGAAUCGAUUGACGGAUCUGCUGGCGGUUGUAAAUCAGAUACGAUCGUAUUUCGAACGUAAUGUUGGUAGCGUAUCACACGCAAAGGCAGCGCAUGAAUUCUGGACGACGCGAGAGACGCGUAUUUUACAUUCCAUCGUCAAUUGUGCCCUUGCGGUAAAAGAUUUCAGCCUAGUCGAACAGUUGAUGGAUCGACUGGUUGGUGCAGCAUCGACUCCACAAAAAAGAAUGUUGCUCUCCGCAUGGGGACGGAUUCGACUACAAUGUGGUGAUAUGUUAGGGGCGGAGAAGAAGUUUUCCGAAGCACGUCGUCUUAAAGAGAAAAAUAGCUCCGAAGCGCCAGACUUAAUCGACCGAGGACUACUGGCGGUCGCCCAAAAUGAUUUCCAGAGCGCAUUUGAGCUGUUCCAAAAAGCAUCUGAAGCGGCACCGACCAACACGAUGCUGUAUAACAACAUGGGAGUGUGUUUACUAUAUUCCGGAAAGCUUAAGGAAGCAAUCAAGCUGUACGAGGGUGCAAUCCAGCGCAAUACCAAGUCCUGCCUGAACGAAUCGCUGCUCGUAAACCUGUCGACACUGUACGAGCUGGAAUCGAAUCAUGCAAAAGAGAAAAAAAUUAAUCUUCUAAAGCUGGUUAAUCGACACCGGGCCGAUCUGACAGUGGGGUUGGACGUUUGCCUCAAAUUACAGACGACCGUGUAG